CUCAAUAUCGCUUGGAAGUACAAGUGGUUGGCCUUGCUCUGUGUGUGCGCGUUUCCCCUCGGUCAGAACUGGACGGACUCUGCUUUGGGUCCGUUGAAAGCGACACUUCGGACGGAGCUUAGCAUCGACAAUACUCAGUAUGACCUUGCAAAUAGAGCCGGGGCCAUCAUCAAUAGUUUUUGGCCGAUCAUCGGAGGGAUCAUGUUGGAUUUCUACGGCGUCAACAUUGUCACUCUCGCCUGUACUUCACUUAUUUGCGCGGGCGCUGUUGUAGCAGCCCUCGCCGCCAACACCGGUAUCUGGCGCAUGUUAGUCGGAGGUCAUAUUAUGAUGGGUUUCGGGACCGCCGUACUGGACUCGGCUCAACACAAACUAUUUUAUCACUGGUUCGGCGUCUCUGGACUCGCUCUGGCCUUCGGAUUGGAAUCGGCCGUUGCAAGGACCGUGAAGCUGGUUUCAGGAAUGACGACCAUCCCGAUCAAGAACAAUACAGGGUGGUACGGAUGGAGCUUCUGGAUCCCAGCCGCGUUAUGCGCCUUCUCGCUGAUAGUCAACAUCGUUUACGUGCUCUGGGAGAGAACAGUUGUUCCCAAGCGAUAUCGUCUCACAGGCACCCGUGCGGCCGCGAUCGCGAAAACUCAACGCAGGCCAGACUUCAAGGCUCUGCUGGCCUUGCCAUGGGCCUUCUGGAUGUUGCCCAUGACCCAGAUCCUGCAGUCUGAAGCGGCAGGCGCGUUCGGUAAUUCCGCCACUGAUCUUAUUACAAUGCGCGGUUAUGAGGAAGAUGUAGCCGCGUUCACAGCUAACGCUCAAAACAUCCUUCCGAUCGUCUUGACGCCUUUCAUUGGAUUGGCAGUGGAUCGAUGGGGUUUCCGCUUCCAUCUGACCGCGCUGGCCCCUCUCUUAUGGAUCACUGCCUGCGCGCUCAUCGGCUGGAGCGACGUCCACCCUCUGUUGAGCGUCGUCUUCGCUUCGUUCGCAGGCAUGAUCAACUCUUUCCCGUUUCAAGUCACGAUUCCCCUCUUGGUGCGAGAUCAAUCCAAGUUGGGGACCGCGUUUGGCGUUUGGCGAUCAUUCAACAAUUCGGGGAGCACCAUCAUGUCCAUCGCCUAUGGCCGAAUGCAAGACGAGACCGAGGAUGGCGGAUACGCCAACGUCCUCAAGACUGGGAUCGCGUUCAAGGCAUGGGCGUUCUGUCUCGGUCUCAACUACAUCUACAUGGACCGUCGAUAUCUCGGCAAAGGCAUGAGCAUGGGCGAGAAACAGAGGACGAAACUCGAAGAAGAGCUCAUGGAGACUGACCCAGACCACCCACUCGUCGCACGGCCCGUGAGCAAAAGGGUCACUUGGACUGCUCUCGUCGAGUUGACCUGCAUGGUCAUCGUGGCGUGGACGCUGUUUAUAUACUAUGUCCUCUAGAUGCCAUUUGCCCUAGCGCUACCGCGAAACAUGGAUGUCCUCUAUUUGCUCGAAUCAUGCGCUCAUGUGGAUCAAGUUAGCUUGUAUCCUUCUUCUU